GCAGCUGCGAGGCCCGGCUCAACUCAACUAGGGUCUGGAGUGCGAGCCGCCGGUGCAGGAGAGGAAGGGGCAGGAGGCGCCUUGGUACUGCACUUUUUUUUGCAUUUAGGAGAUUGCCUAGCUGCGCUUUAGAGAGGUUUGCAUUAGCUCCGAGGCUGUCUGACAAGUGAGGCCGAGAAGUGGGAGGCGUUGCCAUCUGCUGGGCCACGCCACCUGCUGAGGGGGAGCCGGGGACCAAAGCCUCGGGGUCUGCGCUCCCAGGCCCGCUUGAAUCGGUGGGCGUGGGGAGCAAGGGACCUGCUCCCUUCUCUCCCGGCUGCAGGAGGCCCCCUGGGGGAGGAGCUCGGGACGCAGAGGAGGAGCCAAGUCAACCCCAGGAGCAGGGACACAACCCUCUGGGAUAAGAGGCAGAGCCCAGGAGGAACCCCGUCAGCCAGGCGGGCAGAAAGCUCCGGGAGCAGCCUCAUGGAAGACAAGCAGAUCCUGUGCGUGGGGCUAGUGGUGCUGGACAUCAUCAAUGUAGUGGACAAGUACCCAGAGGAGGACACCGACAGCAGGUGCUUGUCCCAAAGAUGGCAGCGUGGAGGCAACGCAUCCAACUCCUGCACUGUUCUGUCCCUGCUUGGAGCCCCCUGCGCCUUCAUGGGCUCGCUGGCCCAGGGCCAUGUUGCCGACUUCCUGGUGGCUGACUUCAGGCAGCGGGGCGUGGAUGUGUCCCAGGUGGCCUGGCAGAGCAGAGGGGAGACCCCGUGCUCUUGCUGCAUCGUCAACAACUCCACUGGCUCCCGCACCAUUGUGCUCUACGACACGAACCUGCCAGAUGUGUCUGCUACAGACUUUGAUAAGGUUGAUCUGACCCGGUUCAAGUGGAUCCACAUUGAGGGCCGGAACGCAUCAGAGCAGGUGAAGAUGCUGCAGCGGAUAGAACAGCACAAUGCCACACAGCCUCCGGGUCAGAAGAUCCGAGUGUCCGUGGAGGUGGAGAAGCCCCGAGAGGAGUUGUUCCAACUGUUUGGCUAUGGAGAUGUAGUGUUUGUCAGCAAAGAUGUGGCCAAGCACUUGGGGUUCCGGUCAGCGGGGGAGGCCCUGAGGGGUCUGUACGGUCGUGUGAGGAAAGGGGCUAUGCUGGUCUGCGCCUGGGCUGAGGAGGGCGCUGAUGCCCUGGGCCCUGAUGGACGGCUGCUCCACUCGGAUGCCUUCCCUCCACCCCGGGUGGUGGAUACUCUGGGGGCCGGAGACACCUUCAACGCCUCGGUCAUAUUCAGCCUGUCCCAGGGGAAGAGUAUGCAGGAGGCGUUGAGGUUUGGCUGCCAGGUGGCCGGCAAGAAGUGCGGCCUGCAGGGCUUUGAGGGCAUCGUGUGA